AUGACGGAGGGUUAUAGUUCUGGAUACAAGGGGUUGGACAAAUUAAAUUCACUGGAGCGGGUGGUGGUACGAGAGAAGACCAAAGCGUACCCCAGCAGCAAAUAUGUCGUCACCAGCCCCGAUGGUGAGGUCCUGCUAUAUGCGAAAGAGGACUCCGGGAUAUUGGACAAGGUUCUGUCUGGCAAAAGCAGAUCCUUUGAGAUCGAUGUCUAUGAUACUGACAACAGAGAGGUGAUAAAACUCCGUCGCCCGUACACACUUGGGCAGGACAAAAUGGACGUGUCCGUGUGCGGUCAGCCCGUGGCCAUCGUCCGCAAGGAGGUGACUUUCUUCAAGCCAGUGCUGUCCAUCAAUGACGUCACCGACAAGCCCGUGAUACGCGUCAAAGGGCCCGUGUCUACCACGUCGGAGUGUGAAUUUGAGCUAUACUCGACGGAUAAAAAGCGCAUCGGCGCCAUUUGCAAGCGCUGGAGCGGGCUGACGCGCGGGCGCAGCGAGCGCGACAACUUCGCGCUGCUGUUGCCGCCGCUCGACGUGCGCUACAAGGCCGCUGUUAUUGGCACUUGCUUUCUUAUUGACUUUUUGCUCUUCGAAAAUUAA